AGCUUUGCUGAUCACUCAUAAACCAGCUGCCUGUGGAAGUUUAAUAAACCUGCGGAAAUCCGAUUCUUGAUCAGAAUCUACAGCCCUGUAACUAUGACUUCACAGCAACACACAACCCCAGAAUAUCCUGCCACAAAUAUAUCUCUUGAACCUCCCCCAUACAUGGUCAGCAUGAAUGGUGAAUUUCAAGGAAAUCAGGCAAUAAGCUCAGGAUAUCCUGCAGCAGGGUUUAAUAUUCCUGUUUCAGCCCCAGUAUACCCAGUCAACGUACAGGACCCAUCCCAAAUGCCAGCAGCAGGAAAACAGGCAAUAAGCCCAGGAUAUCCUGCCGCAGGGUUUAAUAUUCCUGCUUCAGCCCCAGUAUAUCCAGUCAAUGUACAGGACCCAUCCCAAAUGCCAGCAACAGGCUGGAAUUCAUCAGUCUAUCCACCACCACCACCGCCCUAUAGUGAAUCUGCAUUUCAGACCCACACAGUGCUUAUGCCGAAUAUCAUUUUGAAAACUGAACUGAGAGAUAUCCCUGGCCAGACUGUAUGUCCAUCCUGCAAUCUGCCAUGUGUCACAACAACUGAAUAUACGUCAGGUUGCUUAACAACGCUUUUAUGUUGCCUGCUUUUUUUCUUUGGAUGUUUGCUAGGUUGCUGCCUUAUACCUUGCUGUGUAAACAGCUGCAAAGAUGUGAACCACUACUGCCCCAACUGCAAACACCUUAUUCACAAAUACAAACGUUUGUAGGAAUUAUGCAUUGUUCUGCAAUUGAUUAGAAGAAAUACAUUAACAGAAAUACACUGGCUUUACUUGUAAAACUAAUGUAAUAAGCACAUGGAUGAUUCAUUUAAAAUUGACCUAAUUGUUUAUGUUUACUUAAUUAUUUUUAUAGUAAAAUCUGGUCUUUAGUCAAA